CCCCGCCACGGAUCCUCGGGCAGGCGGUCGGCUGGGGCAGCUCCGGAAGGGUCCUUCCCCGGGGCGCUCAGGCCACGUGGCUGCUGGGAGGCCCACGUGGGCGCGCUGUGUCCUGGGCCGCCGGGCUGGCCAUUUUUAUUAGCCAUGCAGCGCAAGAAGGUUGACAAUCGCAUCCGUGUGCUAAUUGAAAAUGGAGUUGCUGAACGACACAGGACACUCUUUGUUUUGGUCGGAGACCAUGGGAAGGAUCAGGUGGUUAUACUCCAUCACAUGUUAUCUAAAGCAACUGUAAAAGCCAGACCCUCAGUCUUGUGGUGUUACAAAAAGGAGCUGGGCUUUAGCAGCCAUCGUAAGAAGAGAAUGCGACAACUACAGAAGAAGAUUAAAAGUGGAACUUUAAACCUAAAAGAUGAUGACCCUUUUGAGUUGUUUGUAGCAGCUACAAACAUUCGCUACUGCUAUUACAACGAAACCCACAAAAUUCUUGGCAACACUUUUGGCAUGUGUGUACUCCAGGAUUUUGAGGCCUUAACUCCAAACCUGCUGGCUAGAACAGUUGAAACAGUGGAAGGGGGUGGAAUAGUGGCAAUUCUCCUGAGAACUAUGAACUCACUGAAGCAGCUUUAUACAAUGACCAUGGAUGUACAUUCCCGCUACAGAACAGAGGCACACCAGGAUGUAGUAGGAAGGUUUAAUGAGAGGUUCCUUCUGUCUCUGGCUUCUUGCAAGAACUGCAUAGUAAUUGAUGAUCAGCUCAAUAUCCUGCCGGUCUCUAGUCACAUAGCAAACAUAAUGCCUGUGCCACCACAAUCUCAAGAGGAUAGCCUCAGCCCUCAGGAGCUGGAGCUGAGGGAGUUGAAGGACAACUUGCAGGAUACCCAACCUGUUGGCGUGCUGGUAGAGAGCUGUAAAACUCUGGAUCAGGCAAAAGCAGUUUUGAAAUUUAUUGAAGCCAUUUCUGAGAAGACCCUAAGGAGCACUGUGGCCUUAACUGCUGCCCGGGGGCGCGGUAAAUCUGCUGCCUUGGGAUUGGCUAUAGCUGGAGCUGUGGCCUUUGGGUACUCUAAUAUCUUUGUCACGUCUCCUAGUCCAGAUAACCUUCACACACUAUUUGAGUUUGUGUUUAAAGGCUUUGAUGCACUGCGGUACCAGGAACAUUUGGACUAUGAAAUUAUUCAGUCUUUGAACCCUGAGUUUAACAAAGCAGUUGUCAGAGUGAAUGUGUUCAAGGAACACAGACAGACCAUCCAGUACAUACACCCUGCUGAUGCCGUGAAACUGGGCCAGGCUGAACUCGUGGUGAUUGAUGAAGCUGCUGCCAUCCCCCUCCCUCUGGUAAAAAACCUGCUGGGCCCUUACCUCGUUUUCAUGGCUUCCACGAUUAAUGGGUAUGAAGGCACUGGUCGAUCAUUAUCCCUGAAGCUGAUUCAGCAGCUGCGGCAGCAGAGUGCACAAGCCCAAGUCAGCAUGACAGCAGAGAACAAAUCAACAGCUACAACGAAACUUGCCUCAGCUCGUACAUUGCAUGAGGUCUCGCUGCAUGAGUCAAUCAGAUAUGCCCCCGGAGACCCUGUGGAAAAAUGGCUCAAUGACUUGCUAUGUUUGGAUUGUCUCAAUAUCACCAGGAUCAUUUCUGGCUGUCCAUUACCUGAAACCUGUGACCUAUAUUAUGUAAAUAGAGACACCCUCUUCUGUUACCACAAGGCAUCAGAAAUUUUUCUUCAGCGGCUGAUGGCCCUCUACGUAGCUUCACAUUACAAGAAUUCCCCCAGUGACCUCCAGAUGCUUUCAGAUGCUCCUGCCCAUCAUCUGUUUUGCCUUUUACCCCCUGUUCCACCUACCCAGAAUUCUCUGCCAGAAGUACUUGCCAUUGUUCAGGUGUGUCUGGAGGGAGAGAUCUCUCGCCAAUCUAUCCUGAACAGUCUGUCUAGGGGGAAGAAGGCUUCUGGAGACCUUAUUCCGUGGACUGUCUCAGAGCAGUUCCAGGAUCCAGACUUUGGGAGCCUUUCUGGUGGGCGUGUUGUUCGUAUUGCAGUCCAUCCCGAUUAUCAAGGGAUGGGUUAUGGCAGCAGAGCUCUGAGCUUGUUGCAAAUGUAUUAUGAGGGUAAAUUCCCUUGUCUGGAAGAAAAAGUUACUCCAAAACCCAAAGAAAUUGCCACCAUAAGCAGUGAGGCAGUUAGUUUGUUAGAAGAGGUUUUGACCCCUCGGAAAGAUUUGCCUCCUUUACUUCUCAAACUGAGUGAGAGACAAGCUGAGAACCUGGAUUAUCUAGGAGUAUCCUAUGGUUUGACACCCCGGCUGCUCAAAUUUUGGAAGCGUGCUGGAUUUGUACCGGUUUAUCUAAGGCAGACUCCAAAUGACCUGACUGGUGAGCACUCGUGUAUCAUGCUGAAGACCCUGAGUGAAGAGGAGAGUGAGCAGGAGCACUGGCUCUCUGCUUUCUGGAAAGAUUUCAGGAGGCGGUUCCUGUCUCUGCUCUCAUAUCAAUUCAGCACUUUUUCCCCUUCGUUAGCAUUGAACAUUCUACAGAACAAGAAUAUCAAGCAGCCAUUGCAACCCCUCAUCGACCGUGCUGAACUGGACACUGUCUUCAUUCCAUAUGACCUCAAGCGGUUAGAGAUGUACUCUCGAAACAUGGUGGACUAUCACCUCAUCAUGGACAUGAUUCCCACUAUCUCCAGGAUGUACUUUCUUAACCAGCUAGGAGACAUCUCUCUCUCUGCUGUACAGUCGGCCCUUCUCCUAGGGAUUGGUCUACAACACAAAUCUUUGGACCAGCUGGAAAAGGAGCUAGAACUACCCAGCAGUCAACUGAUGGGUCUCUUCAACAGGAUUAUCCGCAAAGUGGUCCAGAUGUACAGCACUAUCCAGGAGAAAGCUGUAGAGGAGCAGAUGGCAGCAACGAAGGACAUUGUAAUGGAGCCAACUCUGAAGUCUUUAAACGAUGACUUGGAAGAAGCAGCACGGGAAUUUCAGGAAAAACACAAACAAGAAAUGGGGAAGCUGAAGGAAAUGGACCUUUCACAAUAUGUAAUCCGAGGCGAUGAUGAAGAAUGGGAUGAGGUGCUGACUAAAGCUGGAAAAGACACAUCCAUCAUCAGCCUGAAAAGUGCAAAGAAGAGAAAAGUAGAAACAGAAAAAGGACCAAAGCAACAGAAGAAAUUUAAGAAGAACAAAGAUAUGAAGCAGAAGUGGAAGAAAUGACAUUAAAUCUAAUCAAUGAACUCGUACUAAACCAACUCCUGUUCAGGACAUCCCAUUUCCUUCCAAAGCAAAGGAUAUUUUCUUCUGAAGAAGCAGUGACUGGAAGGAAAAGCCUUGGAGGCAUUUUUACAGUUCAUAAAAAAGGAAAAGUGCAGUGACAUUGCUGAGAGGCUCUCUCCUUUGGGAUUUUUAUACUGAGGGAUUAGAGAGGCUCAACAGCUGGGAAGCUUCAAUUCACACAUGGCUGAGGCAUCUGUAAACAACUUUGCUGCAUCUUAGCGCUUGGUGUGUUUUUAAUUUUUUUCCCCCUUUUAGGAGACCCAGGGGAGGUGAGAUUGUGCUGCUCUAUUGCAACAUUUUAACACAUCUUAAUGUGCUUAGUUAUUUGCUGUACUUCUUCAGUGUCGGGGAUGUUGCUCUGCAGCUUGGCAGUGCUCACAGUGAGCUGUGAGCUUCACUUGGGGCUGGGCUGUUCGUUAAUCAUCAGCCACAUGAUUAGCACUGAUAAAUGGCCACAGUUUUUGUACAAAGAAGCUUGCACUGUACAAUAAAUCUUUUUGUUUUAAAAAAAUGCCUACAGAUUGUGCUCACAGCUCUCCAUAGC